GCGCUAACUCUCAGUGUGACGCAGGUAUUCGGCUGUGGCGGCCGUUCUCGAGUACCCCAUGGUGUAGUGUUAAUAUAGUGUUAGUAAGAAAUAAACAUGGUUUGCAAAAUUUUGCCUAAGAUACAGAGCCCUGCGCGGCGGACGACAAACAGUGAAACACAGCAAGAUGCAAUGCCGGAGGUAGCGGACUAUGAAACUGCUUUAGACUUAGCCGGUUACGGGCGCUUCAGCCGCAGCACGCUCGGCGCGUGCGCCUUCUCGUUCUUCGCGUCCGGCGUGCAGAACUGUGUCAUGUCGUACGUGUUACCGGCUGCGAGGUGUGAGCUGGACCUUACGACGUACCAGGCUGGAUUGAUUAAUAUGGCUUUUAUGAGUGGUGGAGUAGCAAGCGCGUUCUUCUGGGGCAUAGUCGGCGACGUGUUCGGCAGACGCAACGUGCUCAGCAUGACACUCCUCAUGGACGCUGCCAUCACGCUCGCCCAGAGUACUGUGGCUGAUUACCGGCUGCUGUUGGCUGCUAGGACUAUUAAUGGAUUUGUUAUAGGUGGACCUGCGACACUGGUGUUCUCGUACCUGUCAGACCUGGUGGGGGCGAAGAAGAGACAGCUAUACCUCAGCGUCGUAGGAAUGAGCUUCGUCGUCGCGUGGCUUAUAAUACCUGCUGUCGCCUGGCUAGUAAUACCAUUCAAGGUGGUAGACUACGAGACCCUCCUACCCAUCUACUCCUGGAGACUGUUCCUGGCGCUCUCCAGCAUUCCAGGGUUCAUCUCCGGAGCGUGGGUGCUGUACCUCCCUGAAAGUCCUCGGCUGCUGUCAGAUACUAACAGGAGUGAGAAAGCCCUGAAGAUUUUAGCUUAUAUUCAUAAGACUAAUAACGGAGGAAGUGCGGAGUAUAAGAUUAAAAAGCUGAUGCAAGACGAGGUCUUCGUGGGCAAGACCCUGGGUGCCGAAGAGAGCAGAACCAAGAUCCUUUUCAUGAGCGUCAUCAAGGAUCUGAAGACCUUCGUCUCCAAGAGUUACGCCCUCAAGUCCACUCUGAUCCUGUUCAUGUUCUUCGCGAAUAUGGCUGCUGGCUUCGGCCUAAACAUGUGGAUCCCAGAGCUUCUCCUUCGCAUCCAAGGUCGGGAGUGCAAGCUAUCCGCCUCGACUGCUAAGCCAGAGAAUGCGAGACUCUUCAACGCUACUACCCACUGGAAGGAUCUGAAGUAUGACUCCUAUGGCAAGGAGAUACCCAUCCCAGGGCUGAAUGAUAGCAGCUUUGAUGAUCACUUCGGACAAGGAAGGACUUGUGAUUCUACUAUUGAUCAAGAGGUAUUCACCUCAGGCCUCAUCGUCGGCGCCUGCUGUGUCCUCGGCAACGCUGCGUGCGCGAUCCUCUGCGCCCGCGGCGGUGCCCAAGGCGUCCGUCGAGCUGCCAUCGCCUGCACAGCAGUGUGUGCUCUCGCCAGCGCCUGUCUGGCAGCCACUGCGUGUUCCUGCUCCAGUUUUAAUAAGAUAGCUGUGGUGGCUGCUGCGGCGCUGAAUGCAGCGUCGUUGAAUGGCAAUGUGCUGUUGAUUAGGUUGCUGUUGCAUGCUUUGCCGGCUAGGUUGAGUGGUCUAGGAGUAUGCUGGGGAGCAUGGUGGGGCCGAGCUGGUGGCGUGGCUUCCAACCUGGCAGUGGGAGCGCUGCUGGACUUCUCAUGUCCAGCUCCAUUCAUAGCUGUUGGGGCUCUGCUUGCGUUAUCAAUCGGUGCCAUCAUAGUAAUAAAACUUGGAGAAAAUCAAGAUGAAAGCAGUCAGAAGACGGAAGAAGAUCCUGAUCACAGUCUGGAGAAGAACACAGGACUAGACAGAUAUAUAUCUACGUAUAUGUAGUUAUAAGUUUACCUAGUAUAGUCAAGUCAAGCCAAUAAGUCAGUGAAUAUGACUUUAGACAUAAUUUUUUUAAGUGUUUGGUGUAAAUGACAAAUGGUAAAUAAGUGUAUGCCAGUCCGUCCGUCUAGUUACACUCGGGUGCAAAAUUAUUGGGUUACUUGUGAAAUCGAAACUUCGAAAUUAGUUUUUGUGACUUAUUUUUCAGUGGAUCUGAAGCUAGUGCUCUCUAAUGUGUUUAUAAAUCAAAUCUUAGAAGGGAUACAUACACGUAUGUCUCUAUGUCUGGUGACAUUUUGACAGAUGAUUAAGUUACACUUUCAAGAAUAGAGUUGAAAUAAGGGUGCUAAAUAAACCUCACAAUUAGCAACUUUUAUAAAUAUUUUACUGCCUUUUAGAAGAUUUAUGAAAAUUGUUGUAACAAUUAAUUCUCACUCGAUGCCUUAUACUCUAUGACAAGGUCUUAUGUAAUUAUUACGUAAUUUUAGACUAAGGUUUGUACAUAAUCAUUUACUUUAAACAUAGGAAUCACAAAACAGCCCUCUCUUCUAUAGAAUGUCUCUAUAGAUACGAGAGAGCAAAGUAAGAAAAAAUUCUUGGUCAGUUCAAGAAAUGUAGAAAAGAAGAAAAUGAUCCGAAAUAAUUAAUUUUGGUUUUGGAGUACAAUUCUUGAGCUGGCCCAGAUUUUUUGCAAUUGAAUUUACGUUAUUAUAUUAUUGUUAAAUAAGAUUAAAGUUGAAAAAGAAAAGGGUAUCUUACAUUUUUUUCUUUUUAAAUAUUGAUUUUAUAAAAUUGGUGUAGAUAUUCAAAUAAAGCCCAAUUUCAAGUUUGGUUAAACAAAGACAGAUUUUUUCUACAAAGGAACUUAUUGCAACCUACUUCUCAUACUCAAAAAUUAAAAUAAAAACAGCUGUUUUCCUAAAUCAGACGUCUAUCUUGUUGGUAAAAGAAUGGGCUUAAAUAAAACAUAUCAACAUUAGUAAAAUCUGUGGACAGUUGAAAAAUAACGUGAAUAUAUAAAUUGUGCUGUAUCAAUGUAAAUGUAAUAAAGUAUAUUUGCACAAUAUUUAAAAUAUAAAUUAAAACUAUUACUAUUAAAUGUAAUUAUAUUCCGUUUAAGUAGAAUAAGAUCUCGUAGUUCUAAGGUUUUUGUAUUUAUUUUAAAAUAGGUAAUUAUCAAAUUUAAUUUUUAAUAUACUCUAGCUAUGGUUAUUGUUUAAAGAGGGAUUUCACGAUUUCUCACUAAAUAAUGAAAACUAAAAAUAUGGCGUAUAAUUUGAAAAUAAAGAAAGGAAUCUUCUUCGUCUUAGGGGACCUAUAUAAUAAAUUAACGCCACUGUUAAGAUAGUGUCAACAUGUCGAAACUAUACGGGUUCCAUAGGAAACUAGGACUACAACGGAAUCCUAAUAACGAUGCAUUUUUACCGAGAAAGGCACUUAAAAAAUUAGAUUUAAAAAUUCAAAAGUGUCUUUUAUAAAACUGCUAUAAUAAUAGGUAUUUAGUGAGCAAUGGUGUAAAACACUAGAAAAGAGCGAAAUAAUAGGACUUUAUGUUAUGAAACAAAAUUGUUUAGAGUUAAGUUGUUUGAAAAACAUUUCACAAAAUAUUGUUCUGUGAUUCAAAAA